AUCGGUUGAGCCAGUGCCAACAACACGAAACAAACGCGGUUUGUCCGACGCCGUCGGCGCGCGGCCGGAAACAGACGCGGUUCGUGCACCGCGCAGCCCCCGCCGUCGGCGCGCUGCCCCCACGCUACAUCAUGGAGCUCCCCGGCACCGUCAAGCGGCGCGAGCUCGAUGGAGAGGGGCUGUGGAGGUGGACGCCGGUGAGCUUCGGGUUAAGUGCGGACGGCAUCGUCGCCGCGAAGGACCUGAAGUCUUGGAAUGUCAUUGUGGACGCGCGGGCGUGGCGCGCGGCGGACGCCGGCGACCCCGGCCCCUGUGGCUUCGACGUGGACACGGUGGGCGGCGGCGCCGAGUCUUAUAUUGCGGAGAGCGCCGCGGCGGCGGAGGAGUGGGUGAAAGCCAUCAAGCGGCGGGCGGCGGGCGAGGAGGCUUUGGAGGAGUUGGAGCCGGAGGCGCCGCCGCCGCCUCCUCCACAACGCCGGACCGUGUCCGAGGCCGAGGAGACGCCCGAGGACGAGCCCGAGGAUGAGUCGAAGCGGUCGGCGUCGCCGCCGCCCGCGCCGUCGACCGCCGUUGCGCGCCAGCAGGACCCGGAAGUGGUCGAGGACACCCUCGCGGUCGAUACGACGGACGCCGUGGAGCUGGCACGAGCUGAAACAGCGGAGGAUCGGACGCGCCGGGCCGUCGCGGCCGAGGCCGCCGCGCGGACGCAGGUCGCCGCCGUCCGCGAGGACCUGGCGGCCCUGGCGCUCCAGCGCGCCGGCGACGUCGAAGCGCGGUCCCAGGAGCGGCUGAAGGCCAGCGAGGCCGUCGCGAAGCAGAAGACGGAGACGCAAAAGUGGCGCGAGCGCUACGAGGCCUCCGAGCAUAGUAGGUUGUCGCAGAAGGGCCAGCUUGACGAGCUGAGGCGGUUGCAGAAGCAGUGCGCGCGGCUCGAAGGCCGGGCCGAGGCCCUCGAGGAGCGCGUGAAGAUCGAGGCGACGCGGCGGCGGAAAGCCGAGGCGGCCAGUGACGCCCACGAGAUGCGCGCCGUGCGGUUGCAGCAGCAGCUGGAUAUCGCCCACGACGAGGUCGAACUAUUGAGAGGAGCGCAGUCGCGGCAGCGCCGCGACCGCGACCGGUUGCUGUCGACCAUAAAUAGGACGGACGCGAUCGUGUAUGGGGGCAAGGCCCGGACGCCGCGGCCCUUCUUCGGUUCCAAGGACGUGCCGUCGACGACGCGGUCGCGGACGCGCGCGCGGUCGGACCAGGGCCGCCAGCCCGCGUGGCGGAGUUCCUUGGAUACGGGGCCGCGGUCGCGGCGGAAGCACGUAUCGCGGGCGGGGGAUUCUUCUGCGGGGGUGUAAUACGUAGUUCAGGGUUAA